GGGCGAGCAGCUUCGGUCUCCGGCGGCGAGGAAAUAGGCAGGCAUGGACCGGCGGCAGCGCGCGGCGGCGCGGGUGUUCGAGGACUUCGACCCGGAGGUGGAGUGGAAGCUGGCAGGGGAGGAGCAGGACGUGGUGGAGAUCGCGCUGCCGGGGUUCCGCAAGGACCAGGUGAGGGUGCAGGUGGACAACCACGGCGUGCUGCGCGCCACCGGCGAGCGACCCGCCAGGGGCGGCCGGUGGGCCAGGUUCAAGAAGGACCUCCGCCUCCCCGACAACUGCGACUCCGACGGCGUCCGCGCCAGGUUCGAGGGCGAGAAGCUCAUCAUCACGCUCCCCAUCGUCGCCGCGCUGUCGCACUCGCCGACUCCGUCGCCGUCGCCACCUCCUCCUCCUCCACAACAACAACCACGCCGGCGUCCAUCGCCGCCAGAGCCGUCCGUUCCUGCUCCUGAACCGCCGCCGCUGACACGCCAGAACCCAUCGCCAACGCAGGCGCCUCCUCUACCACCUCAACCACGUCGGCACCCAUCGCGCCCAGAACCUUCCAUUCCUGCUCCUGAACCGCCGCCACCACAACCACGUACUUACCCUAAGCCACCGCCGCAUCGGUCUCCGUCCCCACCGCGUCGGUCUCCGUCCCCGCCACAGCCACCCCGUACUUAUCCUAAGCCACCGUCGCGUCGGCCUCCGUCCCAGCCGCCACCGUCGCGUCGCUCUCCGUCCCAGCAGCCGCCACGUACUUAUACUAAGCCACCGUCGCGUCGGCUUCCGUCCCCGCCGCCACCACCGCGUCGCUCUCCGUCCCCGCCACAGCCGCCCCGUACUUAUCAUAAGCCACCGUCGCGUCGGCCUCCGUCCCCGCCGCCACCACCGCGUCGGUCUCCGUCCCCGCCACAGCCGCCCCGUACUUAUCCUAAGUCACCGUCGCGUCGGCCUCCGUCCCCGCAGCCACCACCGCGUCGGUCUCCGUCCCCGCCACAGCCGCCCCGUACUUAUCCUAAGCCACCGUCGCGUCGCUCUCCGUCCCCGCCGCCACCGUCGCGUCGCUCUCCGUCCCCGCCACAGCCGCCACGUACUUAUCCUAAGCCACCGUCGCGUCGGCUUCCGUCCCCGCCGCCACCACCGCGUCGCUCUCCGUCCCCGCCACAGCCGCCACGUACUUAUCCUAAGCCACCGUCGCGUCGGCUUCCGUCCCCGCCGCCACCACCGCGUCGCUCUCCGUCCCCGCCACAGCCGCCACGUACUUAUCCUAAGCCACCGUCGCGUCGGCCUCCAUCCCCGCCGGCCCCAGCACCACCUGCCGCUGAAGAGCUGACAGAGGCCGGCACCGAGGAACGGAAACAAUCGCCACCGCCACACCAGACGCCGGGUGCUGCUCCUGGGCCGAAGACUCCUCCCCCGUGGUCGUGGCAGCCGCCGGUCCCUGUCUCGCCUCCUUCUCCGGCGCCGGCGCCGCCUCAUGGUGCAGAGGAACAGCCGAAGAAGAGGCAGAAGCAACCGCAACCGCAAGAGACCAACGCCACGAAACGGGCGGAAGAGCUAGGCGGUGGAGCGAGAGGCACGAAGGUGGUGGACAAAGCCGCUAGGGAUGAGAAGCGACCCAAGAAGGACAGCCAAGCUGGGGCAUCGCCAGCGGUGCCGAGUCACGCUCAGACGACGGAGACCGUGAGGCCGGAGCCGGCGCGGCAGCUGCUGGUGAACGCUGCGGCGGCGGUGGCCGUGCUCGCUGGGGUCAUCGCGGCCGUAUGGCGCACCUUGCAAUGAACAGUGUGUGUCGCUUGUAACUAUGUGGUGUUUUAACUAAACGUCUGUUGUACACCAUGUCAAUGGCCAAAGCUAAAUAUGUAACAAAACAGAGUACCCUGCUGAUCUACCAC